UUGAGAUUUUAUUUUCAUUAUUAUUAUGUUGAAUGUAUAUUUAUAAUAACAUUUUUAUCUUUGGUUGAUAUAUUAUUGACUUGUUCACAUUGUGAUGUAGUUUCCCUUGUAUAGUUCUUCAAGUAAAAAUGAUUUUAAGAAACGUCUUCAGUAUGGUGGAGUCUUUAGGACUUCUCAAGAUUUCUAGGAGACAAAUUCCUGGGAAGUAUUCUAUAGUGAAAUUACAAAAUUCCUCAUACCAAAAAGUUUCUCAUCAGAAAGCUAACAGUGUUGAAAAUGAGGGACAGUCUGAAACUGAUAAAACAAAAAUUCAAAAAUUAAAAGAUCUCUUCAACCUCCAGACCCCAGAAGCUAAUGAAAUAUUUGGAAAAUAUAAAAAGUUUGCAAAAACUUCUACCAACUGCAUAAAUGAAAAUUACUCUUCCUGCAUAGGUCUGGGUAUUUCAAAAAAUACAUUGUUGAAAUAUCCAGGGAUAUUAGCUGAAGAAAACAUUUCCCUCAAAGUAAUGACACUCAAGUCCCUACCACUCAGCAUAAAUAUAACUGCUCCAUUACUUUUGCUGAAUUAUAAUGUACUGUGUAACUUUGUUUUUAAGGAAGUUGUUGAAGGAAGAAUUAAAAUCAUUUCUCGCUUAUUUCAGGUUGAAAAAAGUGAAGUAUGCGAGUUGAUGGCUGAAAAACCUUUUAUCCUUUCAAUUGAUAUAAACCACUUGACUACAAAUCUGGCACUGUUAUCAGAAUUUGGUAUAACAGUUGAAGAUGUUAUUAAAGAUCUUUGGGUACUCAAGUACAGCCCUUCUGCAAUAAAAGAAAGGCUUAAUUUGGCCAAAAGUUAUAAUGUAGAAACUAUGAAAACGUGGAUGGUGAGAGCUCAACGCGACAUUUUCGAUACAUAUAUCCAGAGAAAAUCAGAAAAAAAAACUAUAUUGGGAGAAAACUCGUUGGUGGAAUAUUUAUCAGAAAGGCUAGAGUGUUCAGUUCCAGUAGCAAAAGCCGUUAUUUUAAAACAGCCAGCCUUGCAGAAUAAAAGUUUGAAGAAGAUGAAUGAAAUAAUAGAUUUCUUAUUGAAUAAUGGAUUCAAACCUGUUCAUAUAUGCAGAACACCUAAAAUUUUAUUGCACCGUGUGGAAACUAUCGAAAAAAGACUCAAAGAGAUGGAAGAUCUAGGAAUACAAACCGAUGCUUUAUAUGUCUUAACUAAAAGCCAAAAACAGUAUAUGCAAAUUAUAGAAUCGUACCUCGCUAACAAAAAUAAAAAUUGAUGUUUGACUAAGAAAUAUUUUCAAACAAGUGUCUUUGGGGCGGUGGACAAUACAUGGAAGUUGAAGAGCAAUAAAAGCCUAAAAGUAGAUCGGAUAGUAGUUAUUUUGAUUUUACACUUUUUUUUUGUAUCACUGGUUACCAAUUUUGUCAAUACUAUGAACGAACGUAGAUCAGAUGGUGGUUGGAACUCGAUUGUGAUGUGAAUGUUACAACCACACUAUAUUACGAAAAUAUUGUAAAUAUAAUCAAUUUUCAUGUUUUACGAAUAGUUUCUAUAUUUGUGUCUACAUUUCUCCAAAACAAGCCCUUUUCUUAAUCACCAGAAAUGCAAUACUUUUUUUGAUGCAAUGUCAGUGAAACAUACAUCGAGAAGGGUAUUUCAUUUCAGGUGAUUGGGAAAAGUACUUAAUUUGGACUCAUUUUAUGCCAGAGGUUCCAGUUUUAUCUUUAAAGAGUAAUUUGAAAAAAAAAGUUAUUUCUCAUCUUUCAACAUAGCUUGCUUGAACUUUUUAGUUUAGUAAUAUUUUUCAAAAUCAACUGUUUUUGUCAUAAGGUUAUUAUUUUUGUGUUGCCGAUUUGGAGAUUAUGAGGAAACUUAAGUGGAUUUAUUGAUGUCAAUUUUCAACUAAUCUAAGUUAUGAAAAAAAUGUGUGGAACUAUAUAAAAACUAAUAUUUAGCAAUAAAA